CGGAAGUGGCCACGCAAACGAGCGGAAUCACAACAUUAGACUCAAAGUGUCUUUACUCAUCUUUUUUUCAUCGGUUAAUUUGAGCUUUUAACAUCGCGUUUUCAUGGCGGCUGUCUUCGCCAUCGAUGACGACCGAUAGUUAGACAAUAAGUGAAACAUUUCUCCCGCGGUUAUUUAAAACAUGUCGCUGUUCGCUGUGGAAGCUAACCAGAAGCUAACGCUAGCUAGCAAACGGCUGUUCGCCUGUGAAGUGUGUCAGCGUGCAAAAUGACAACAAGACGAGCUCAACAGCGAGACGUCAAGUAAACAGCAUGUGACCUUAAAGCCCCCCUCUCUGCCUCCUGAAGAAGCUGGUCUGUAAGAUGCCCCGCCUGGAGGAGCUGGCCAACGUGGCCCUCAGGGUGCCCAGCAUCCUGGUUCUGGACCUGCUCUACAAGUGUGACAUCGAAGGUUUGACUGAGCACCUCAAGGCCAAGAACGAAGACCUGCUCUUCAAAUACAAAUAUGUCAUCUGGAACAUGUACUACCUUGGUCAUCUGGUAAACGUGGUGGUGUUGGUUCUGCCGUUGAGACACAUCGUGACGCUCUACCUCCACAUCCUCGCCGCCCUCCUCCUCUACAUGGGGCAUCAGAUUUCCAAGGAUUAUGUCCGUGAGGAGCUGCAGUACGGUUAUGAAGGAGCCGUUUACCUCGAUUCUCUGGCCUUCAACAGAUUUGUGUCUGCAAUGACGAGUCAGAUUAUCCUCAGCACGCUGUGUGCCUUCCUCAUGAAGACCAGGAAGGUGUGGCUGUUCUCCGCUCACAUGCUCCCCCUUCUGGCCAGGCUCUGCGCUGCUCCUCACGCCAUGCUCUUAACUGUCAACACUUUCUCCAUGGGGCUGACCGGAGCGGGGAUCACCGUGUUCCUCCUCUCACAUCUCUUCCUGCCGUACCGACUCGCAAGGGCUGCUUACUCCGAGCUGCUGCAGCUGGAGGUGAUCGAGCUGUACAGACUUCUGGCUGUGGGGAUCUCUCUGUGGAACCAGUUUGCCGUCCCAGUGCUCUUCAGUGUCUUCUGGUUCGUUCUGUUCGUCGUCCAGCUGUGCACGGACGCCAUGUCUGCCAACGCCUCGGCCACUGCCAGCCAUCAGGGAAUCCUGUUCUUCCUGCUCACAAGUGUCUCUGAAUGUUGCGCCACGCCGUACUCUCUCCUGGGCCUGACCUUCGUGGUGUCCUAUCUCGCCCUCGGACUGCUCAACCUAUGCAAGUUCUACCUGGGAGGUUAUGCAGCCGUGCAGAAUGAGAAUGUCAUGCACAGAGGUGUCACUGAAGGCGUCACGCUGCUGCUGCUCGCUCUGCAGACGGGUCUGUUGGACAUGCAGGCUCUGCAGCGCACCUUCCUCCUCAGCAUCAUCCUCUUCAUCGUGGUCACGUCGACCCUGCAGUCCAUGAUCGAAAUCACAGACCCGGUUAUUCUGGCUCUCGGUGCAUCACGGAACAGGAGUCUGUGGAAACAUUUCCGCGGCCUCAGCAUGUGUCUCCUUCUGCUGGUUUUCCCUGUGUUUAUGGCGUAUAAAAUCUCCCAGUUCUUCCACAUGGACUUCUGGCUCCUCAUCCUCGUCUCCAGCUGCAUGCUGACGUCCCUUCAGGUCACAGGCACCAUGCUGAUCUACUCCCUCUUCAUGGUGGAGCUGUUCCGCAGCGACCCGAUCGAGAGCCUGGACGAGGUCAUCUACUGGGUGAACGCCGUCAGCCGGGUGCUGGAGUUCAUGGUGGCGCUCUGCGUGGUGGCAUACGGCACCUGGGAGUCUCUGUUCGGGGAGUGGAGCUGGAUGGGCGCCUCCGUCAUCAUCAUCCACUCUUAUUUCAACGUGUGGCUCCGAGCUCAGUCUGGCUGGAGGAGCUUCCUGCUCAGGCAGGAAGCGGCCAAGAAGAUCAACUCGCUCCCCAGAGCCACGGAGCGGGAGCUGCAGCGACACAACGACGUCUGCGCCAUCUGCUUCCAGGAGAUGAGCUCGGCUGUGAUCACAUACUGCGGACAUUUCUUCCACGGUAACUGCCUCCGCAAGUGGCUGUACGUGCAGGAGACCUGCCCCAUGUGCCACCAGACAGUCCGACCCAACCCGUCCGCUCCGAGCCCGGCUUCAGGCGACGCUCCCGCUGCACCAACUCAGAGAGAGACUGAGCCAGAUCCGGCUGCGCAGGAGGGAGGGCAGAACCAGGAGGACUGCACAGAUACACGGAGUGAAGAUGUAACUCCUGAUCCCGAAGAGGAGGAGGAGGAGGAGGAGGAGGAGGGGAAAGAGGAGCAGGAAAGCGUUGAGGAUGGAGAUUGUGACACAGAAGGUAAAGACAAAGAAGAAGAACCUCACAGAGACGCUGUUCAGGGUCUGCGUUUCAGCUCCAGUGGAGACUUUGUUGGAUUUGUCGGCCCGGCUUCAGGCUGCGCUCCAGAGGGAGUCAACAGCUCUGAUGUCUUGUUAGGUAAAACUUCCCCUCCUUACAUACAUGAGCGCGGCGAGGAGACGCCACUGACUCCUAAUGCUGUGAAUGAGAGCACAGCCGAGCCUCAACCUGGCUCUAACGCGGCUAAAUUGGAGGUCACUUCCUGUCCUAGAACGCCACAAAACGGCGGAGGUACUGAAGACUGUGAUGAGGCUCCUGGGUCAUGGAGCAGCUUCAAAUUAAACAAAGCUGAAUCAGAUCCUGUGGCGUCUCAUAUAAGCCAAACGUCUCUUGAAUCACCUCAUGAACACUCAGAACUCUUAGGCUGUGCCGACGAUCCAAAAAAUCAUAAAAUCGGCAGCUCGGAGAGGCUGAAACUUUCCCCCCUCAACCCCACCGAGCGUCCUCCUACUCCUGCACAAACACAGAACACAGAGAUGGACUGCUCUGCAUCAGUGCCUUGAAGGAAUCAAAGGGUGAUUCUCCAUAAUGGAGAGUGGAACAUAUUUUGCCUUCUCUAUGUGAACUAAUAUAAAAUAUUUCUUUGAUGUGAAUGUGCUGCAGAAGACGCCGACCGGAGGCUAUACUGUGUGAAGCCCUUUGUUGUGAAACUGUAAAGAAAAUGAUGUAAAAAGAAUCAGAGAUAUUAUGUAAAGCAAUUAUCUUAAAAUACCAAAUGACGGCAGGUUACGAGUGAAGACGUUUACUUUAAUUUAAUGUGUCCCGUGCGUGUCCCAGGAAAAGCUUCAGCAGUCGUUAAUCAUGAAUCACUCUUUUGUACUCCAUCGCCCAGUAUUAAAUUACUGCUGUGAA